CCUGUAAUGACCGUAAUGCUUCUUCCGCGUUGCCAUGGAGACGCGUGUGAGUGUUUGAGGUUUGUCCCUCGCGGCUCGCCCUAAACUUCGUGUGUUUUGUUUAAUGUCGUAGCGGAGCUGGAGACGCGCCGGAGCCGUGACGGGUUUUUCACUCGGAGCAUGUUUACAGUCCGGACACACGAGCUGCAGCGAGUCCCGCGAGGCGAGCGGCGAGUGUCGGAGAUGUGGACAUGAUCCCGCGGCGUAAGAAGACUCCGGUGAGAGAAGUGCCGUACACGAGACUGCAGAACGACUCGGAGCUCACGAAGCUGUACGUGUUUGAGAGGAAACUGGGCCGAGGGAACUACGGCGUCGUCUACAGAGCCACGCACACAGAGACGCAGACGCCCUGGGCCAUCAAGGAGAUCCACAAACCCGAGCCCGGACACCCGCACUGGAAACUCCUGGACAACGAGAUCGGGAUCCUGCAGAGACUGGACCACCCCAACAUCAUCCACCUGAGAGAGGUUCUCAACACGGCUCAGAAGAUGUACCUGUCGCUGGAGCUGUGCACCGGAGGAGACCUGAAACAUCUCCUCAAGAAGAAACGAUUUCUGACCGAAGACGAAGCGCGACCCAUAAUACGAGACCUCGCCCACGUCGUGAUCUAUCUGCACCGACGAGAUAUUGCACAUCGAGAUCUGAAACUAGAAAACAUCCUCCUGAAAAACCCCGUGGACGACGAUUCUCCAAUCAUCAUAAAGGUGGCAGACUUCGGUUUGGCGUUACAGUCUGACUCGAGCGGCGCCGGGUUCGGGACCCUCAUGACCCAAGUGUGCGGCACACACACCUACAUGGCUCCAGAGGUGAUGAGUGGUGCAGGAUACAGUCACAGCUGUGACCUGUGGAGCAUCGGGGUCAUUAUGUACAUGCUGUUGUGCGGCUUUGCUCCGUUUGAGGCCAAAUCCAAAACCAAACGUCUGGACAAAAUGAGAAAAGGAGUCACGUUUCCUCAUCCGGUCUGGGCCUGUGUGAGCGAGACAGCUCAGACGGUUUUGUCGCAUCUCCUGACCUCUGACCCCGCCCACAGGAUGACGGCCUAUCAGCUGCUGGAGAGCACCUGGAUCACGGGUGAUUUCUCUCGACCCGUGAGACCCACAAACAUCCACGAGCUCAUGAGUCAGUGGCGCCGAGAACACGCAGGGGUCAGUGUUUCUGCAGAGUCCAGCCCCAGAGUCGACAGCAGCAGCUCCGCCUCAGACAGCCCCCGCCCCAGCCAGAACAAACUGGACAACGGCGUCUCCCAGAAGCAACUGAACGAACACAAGCCUCUUCCUCCUCCUCCUUCCUCCUCCUCCUCCGUGCUCCUCUCAGUCGCCUGCAGAGGGCAGCAAACCCUCAAAGCCAAAGCCCAAAAAGAAGAGGAACAAGGGCCCCAGAGCUGCCCCGGAUCAGAGCUCCGGCCCCAACAUGAGCAAAAACCUGCAGCUGUGCCAAAGUGUGCCUAACCUGUCUGAACAGGACUAAACUCCAAAUAUACCACUGUAUCUGUGUAGAAGUGUGCUGAACCAGGCCACAGGAACUGGACUAAACUCAAACUAAAUCUGUGUUUCCAUCAGCUCUGCUUGGUCCUGCUCUGCUCGUCCUGAUUGUGUUUCCAUUACUCUGCUCAAUCUGGUUCCGUAUCCAUGGAAACUGCCCACAACAAAUCAGUAUCCAUGGAAACUCCGCGGUAACCGUGGACACCACAGCGUCCGGAGACAGAACCUGGGACAGAACAGUUCAGUACCUGCUCGGCCCGAGUUAGAACCUGAGGCGAGCAGAGACCAAAACAGAACCUGGUUCAGUUCAGAAACGCUCCAAAGUGAGGAAAGCAGAGCAGAGCAGAGCGAGAGGAAACUGGACUUUUCUCUGACUCAGACUGUAUCUGUGCCAAACUGUGCCGGACCAGGACAAACUACAGCUACACACCAAACUACAGAACUGCAACAACUCCAAAAACAAAGUGCAAUGAAUCAAGAGGGAAAAUCCUGUUUUAUCAACAACAUGAACUGACCAAUGUCCUUUUGAAAUGUUCUUUAUGUGUGAGAUCGAUCUCUAUGUGCUCUAACGUGCUCUAACGUGCUCUAACGUGCUCUAACGUGCUCUAACGUGCUCUAUCGUGCUCUAACGUGCUCUAACGUGCUAAAGUGAGAAACAAUGUGAGCGUCUUCAGCGAAACUUCAACUGUGGCUCAGAUCGGCUCCUGUGGCGGCUCCUGUGGCGGCUCCUGUGGCGGCUCUUCUUCGCUGCCUCGUGUUUACUGCUCGUGUGACAAACCUUUAGCUCUGUCCUCACCUCCACUAAAGACGAGUCACUAAACCCAUGAAUGUGAAGAAAUGAAUGUGCCACACACAAAUACACACGUACACACACAAAUACACGUGCACACACACAUAAACACACAAACACACAAACGCACACACACCAGUCUGAUUCACAAAGAUUGUUGUUCCCCUCCUCCUGAC